AUGGAGACUAAAAGCUUUAAAUCAGCAGGAAAACAAGAGGUAUGGGUAAAGGCGAUGAAAGAAGAAUUCGCAAUGAUUGAGAAAAACAAGACAUGGGAAUUAGUGGAUCAUCCUCAAGACAAAGAAGUGAUCGGAGUCAAGUGGGUCUACACGACAAAGCUCAACUCUGAUGUCUCAAUACAAAAGCACAAGGUGAUGCUAGUUGCUAAAGAUGAUCUCAUCUGUACAGGAAACAAUGAGACAAUGAUCAAGGAGUUCAAAGAAAAUAUGAUGAAGACGUUCGAGAUGAUUGAUCUUGGAUUAAUGCACUACUUUCUUGGCAUCAAGAUCAAUCAAGAAGAAAAAGGUAUAUUUAUAUCACAAAAGAAGUAUAUUGAGAAUCUACUGAAAAAGUUUAAGAUGGAAAGAUGCAAGACGGUCGCUACACCACUUGUUACAAAUGAGAGGUUCAAGAAAGAAAUUGAUUCAAAGAAGGCUGAUGCCUCAAUCUAUAAAAGCCUUAUUGGGAGUUUACUCUAUCUCACAGCUACAUGGCCAAACAUUAUGUAUGCAACAAGUUUAUUCUCGAGGUUCAUGCAAAUCCCAAGUUAA